AUGGCCACUGAUACAGAUGCGAGAAAAAGUCCAGAUGCUGCUCAAGGGAGGAUUGCGAUAGAUCACAGUACAGAACAGUGUGGGCAGAGAAGCGUUCACCGCAACGAUCGUUCUCAAAACGACGACGACGAAAACGCCAGCUUAUAUAGCGGCAUAAUACCAACCGGCAGCUUAUUUGGUGCUUCCAGUGGUGCGCAUAUCCUACAUGAAGUUGGAACCGUGACAGGCCCAAGAAGCGCCUUUGCGAAUAAGAGGCAACAAACGAGUCAAACCCUGCCUCAUAACAAGCUGCCCAAGCUUCAGAGACAGGCAUCUCAAAGAGACUAUUCAGAUGUGCAAUUUGUGAUACCCACAAGAAAGGUGGCUGACCAUUUACUGAAUAUCUAUUGGGACUAUGUGGAUAGUGCUUAUCCAUGGCUUGAUCGGUCUUCUAUCGAAAGCGCAUAUGAGACGCUGUGGAUCAAAGACGGACAGCUCUCGAUAAACGAGAGGGCUUUGCAUUGCAUUCUUAAUCUCAUGUUUGCCACAUCUUGUGUCGCAUCCCAGGCACAGCCACCUCUGUCUCGGUAUCAAUCCUCCGUUGAGUUCUUUGAUAGAGCUCAAGAAUUGAUGUCUUACGAAUUAAUGGACAUUUACAACUUCGAAAUCAUUCAGAUCCUGCUGCUCACUGCAGUGUAUCUUCAGCACGAGAAAAUGCCACAGAAAUGUCUACGAAACAUUAGCACAGCAAUUCAUAUAGCGCAGGAACUGGGGUUGCACAUGCCUGAAACCAUUGAGUCUAUCAAUGACUCACGUGAGCGAGGCAUUGCGCGUCAGGUUUGGAAUGGAUGCGUUAUCAUGGACAGAAUUGCUUCCAUGACAUUUGGCUUCGAUCUCAAGAUUCCCCAAUCGGUAGCGAAGAAAGGAUUGAAUUAUUUGGCGCUCAACUCAGUGGAGGUCUCCAGCGGCGCUGGACGCAGAAGUCUUCCUUCCAAGUUGAAUUUCUACGUAUCCUUCUGUCGUCUCCACUACAUCAUAGGAGAGGUGUUGGAAACAUUUUAUUAUUUUGUUGAUUCCGAUAUCGAUCGUGCAGCAAGCAGAAAUAUCGCUGGCGAGAGGCUAGGCUCCUCGCUGUCCUUUGAUAAAUAUGCGAGUCUGUUGAAAAUUGAGUCUGAGUUAUGCAAUUGGGCUCAAAGUCUCCACCCUUUUUUUCAAAUGCCAUCAGAUCUUGAAGACCCAACACCGACGAAACAUAUCACACGUGAAGCAAAUGUCUUACGUGCCCGGCCUUUCCUUCUACAGCUGCAUCACCAAGGAGCGGGCAGCACUCCAGCAUUUGGUCUGUACUCAGAUGACCAAAUCAUGCAACAUGUGAUUUUUCAAUGCCAAGUCCAGUGCACCAAGGCUGCGAGGGAUAUGAUUGAGUUUAUUGUCCGAAAUUUGCCGGAGCAGAAGCAAGCGUAUCUUUUACCAUCGUAUUGGUACACUGUCUCAUAUGUAUACAUGGCUGUGACUAUGCUGUUAGCAGCUCAGAUGUCCCCGCGAAUAGUGGAGACCUUCUCUGCGGCUCAUUUGAAGGAAAUGUUAGAACAAGCGCGGGGGAUCCUCAAAGACUAUGAAAAGCAUACUCCAUUGGCCUCGAGAUGCAGGUCUGUCAUCAAAUUGAUCGAGGAAAAAAUGGAUAUACACGGCCUUGGAACGGAGCAGGUUCUAGGAGAACCUUUAGAGGAGAUCUUGAACCGCGAGGGCACAAUUGAACAAAGGGAAUAUAUGGAAGGAGAAGAACCACAAAAUCUGGCUUGGGUUGAGAACUACGCCUUUGAUUGGAACGAUUGGCCUAUGUUCUUUGCACAGCUAGACGAUGAGCCUUCCCCAACUGUGAGAUUUGAACAGGACACUUAA